AGUGUCCAAAAUUAGAAAAAAGAAAGAAUGGUAAUUAUUUGUGAACUCCAUUGUUAACAUUUAUGUGUCAACAUUUUUACCAUUUUAUGAUUUUCUAUUUUGAUGUUGAUUCACAACGAUAAAUCUUGCAAUAAUUAGAAAUACAAUACUUUACACAUGUGUAAGCAGUGGUCUCAUAGAAGUUUGAAUAGAUAUGAUACUAGUGGUUAUAACAAUUACGAUUUAAAUGCAUGACAAGCGCAAAAAUGGGUAAUUGCUUGAAAAGGUCAACUACAGAUGAUAUUUCAUUGUUAAGGGGCAGUGACAGUGUAAGGGAAUCAUCAUCUGAUCAGUUAGGGCCCCCAGCUUAUCAGGAAACUCUUCCCGUGCAAGCUGCUUCUCCCGUUUAUCAUCCAUCACCUAGUGUCACACGUUCCGUUACACAACUUACAGAAGAGGAGCAGGUAAAAAUAGCUAAACGGAUUGGCUUAAUACAACACCUACCAACAGGAACAUAUGAUGGAUGCAAGAAGGCUAGAGAAUGUGUAAUUUGCAUGGGUGAAUUUUUAGUAGGUGAUGCUCUGCGUUAUCUGCCCUGCAUGCAUACUUAUCAUAUGAUUUGCAUUGACGACUGGCUAAUGAGAAGUCUUACUUGUCCUAGCUGUUUGGAGCCUGUUGAUGCCGCCUUGCUCACCAGUUAUGAGACCAAUUGACGGCCAGUGCCUUUGCAUCUGAUAGUAAACACUGUGAUCUGAACUGUUUGUUUUUUUGGGCGUGAAUGAUGUAUGAAAGGGAGGCUGUGACAUACAGUUAGCGAAGGAAUAACUAUAAGAUGCCUUUAACUGUAUUUCUAUUUUAAGCUUUUAUAUCGGAAAGUAUUGAUUGACCAACAUUUUUGGCUAACUUCUAUUUUUAGUUUUUACAAGUUAUAUAUAUUUUUGACAAUAAAAUUAUUAAUAAUAA